AUGUCAAUAAUAUUGUAGGCCUUCCCGUCUCUACCAUGCCCCCUCGCCGCGCCGCCGCAACUGCCGCUGCGCGAGCGUUUCGCGAUCCGCCACGCUCCCCUUCCCUAUCGCCGUCCAUCCACUCAGUCUCGAACGAGAGCGAUUUCGCGCCAAAUGAGGCCGGCAGCAGCAGCGGACCACCCUCUCUCGCUUCACGCGCAAGCUCGCCAUCGGCAUCUGAAGCGGAAACGCGAGGGAAGAAGCGCAAGCGCGCUGCACCGCGUCCCAUCUCCAGGGGCGCGAUUGACAUUGAAGACUGCGUUCCACGACAUCACGGGCCCGAAUAUCAUGCCGUGGACAACGUUGCGCGCGAACAGCAGAAGCUGCUGGACUGGUUUGAGGGCGUCCGCGACGCCCGCGGAAUGCCGUGGCGGAAGCGCUAUGACUCGAGUGCGACGAGCGAAGAGAAGGGACAGCGGGCGUACGAGAUUUGGGUCUCAGAGAUUAUGCUCCAGCAGACGCAAGUAGCCACCGUCAUCGAUUACUGGAAUCGCUGGAUGGCCAAGUGGCCGACGAUCGCGGAUCUCGCGGAGGCAGACUUGGAGGAGGUCAAUGCUGUGUGGCGUGGUCUGGGUUACUACCGUCGUGCCAAGUCGUUGCUCGAGGGCGCCAAAGUUGUUAUGAACGAUAUGACGUGUAACCAUGGCCUGCCCUCCGAUCCGGACACGCUGGAGCGCAUCAUGCCCGGCGUCGGGCGGUACACGGCCGGCGCGAUUUCCUCCAUGGCGUUUGGCAUACGAGCGCCAAUUGUCGAUGGCAACGUCCACCGCGUCUUCACCCGCCUCCUCGGCGUGCAUGCGCCCCAGGCGGCGCCGGGGACCACUAGGUUUCUCUGGGACGUCGCGGAGGCGUUAGUGGACAAGCUUCCACGCGGGUUGUCGCGCGGCAUCGCCGGCGACUGGAAUCAAGCCCUCAUGGAGCUCGGGGCGACGGUGUGUCGCCCAGCGCCGGUGUGCGACCAGUGUCCGCUGCGCGCGGCAUGCAAGGCAUACGAAGAGGCUGAGCUGUUGAAGGUGCCCCCGCCGCCCAGAGACAUUGAGUGCACCCUCUGCGAGCCUGUGCCCGGCAAGAUGGCAGUCACAGUGUUUCCUAUGAAGAAAGCCAAGAAGGAGAGCCGCGUGGAGCACGAGGCGGUCGUGCUUACGGAGUGGAUCGGCGUGGACGACCGGAGAUGGCUGUUCCUCAAGAGACCCGAACAAGGUCUCCUCGCCGGGCUGUUCGAACCUCCAACUAUACAGGUCACCGGAACAGGGGCUGUGGACCAGCUCUUAGCCGGGCGUACAUUUGUGACCGACCUGCUCGGCGACAUCGAGGACGCUUUGGAGGAGCACACCGCCAUCGCACCCGUGCCACAUAUCUUCAGCCACAUCAAUAUGACGUAUCACGUCCAGCGGAUCGUACUGCGCGGCGACCGGCCUAACCCCAAGCGAGGCGAGUGGCUCUCGUUGGAACAAGUGAGGGACGCAAAUGUGGGCACGGGCGUGAAAAAGUGCUGGGCUAAGGUGUAUGGGGCGUGGGGAAGCGGCGAAGUUGGCCAGCGUAAGGAUCUCGUGAAGAAGCAGGCCACGAAGGCUCCGCUCAAACGCGUCAAGCGCGCGGACGGACAGAUUCCCGGAAAGAAGCGUGUAGUAACCAUGCCGACCGUGCCGAAGAGGAGGCCAAAAACGCGGCAACCAUCGAAUGUCGAGGUUGAGGAGAACGUGGAGAUAAUCGUCGUAGAUGGCUGAGAUGGUACAUUUCCUCUUCAAUUGUACCGUGGUUUGUAAACGCUUAGAAUGUAUUCCGAGCUCGUAAGCUCAUCCACUCUCUCGA